CUUGCUUUAAUGUUCUUUUUUUUGGGGUUUUUGUGUUAGCUGGGUUCGUAAGUGUCUUCUUUGUGGUUUUCUUUUAUUCUGCACUAGUUGGUCUCACCUUUGUUUUUAGUUUUCUUUCACCUCUUAUUUGCUGUGUGGAUGGUGCUACUAUGGCCGGGUUUGCUCAAUGCCCUGUCCUUGAUGUUUCUCAACCAGAUUCCACACCUAUGUUAGAUGUUAAGGUUCUUACGGUUUUGGAUAAUGAGUCCUCUCUAGAGUCCAUCAAUUUAGAUUAUGGUUGUCAAAAGUAUAAGUUUGUUUUCCGUAAAUGUCCUAGUAUGAAAACCCAGGCCGACGGCAGCCUGAUUGGGGUGGUGAGAGGCGAUAAGCGGUGCUUGGGCUGACUCUGUUUUCGCCAAAGAUAUCGCCUCUGUCUUCGCCGCUUCAGAAUUCUUUGCCUAUUAGUAAUCUUACACUUUUUAUUUGUUUUACUUUUAAAAUCCGGAAACUUAGAAUUCGGGUACCCGAAUUAUCCGGGACGGGACACGGGCCGACUUAUCAACUACCCGAACGUAUCCGAAAAUCCGGGUAACCGGAUCUGAACACCCCUAAGUACCGCCCCUCACAUGCCCUUUUCUUCUCUUCCUCUCAUAAUUUAGAAAACCAAAAAAAGAUUAAAAAUCAAAAAAAAAAAAAAAAAAAAAAGAGGGGUUGGGAUGUUCUAACUUUCCAACCUCAAAAAGCCAGAAACUUUAACUUCAAUCAAAUUCAUAAUCUUGAAGAUCAAUAAAACAAAAACAAAAAAACCCAAUUAUUCCAACUUCAAGCAACUUUUUUGGUUUAAUUUUAGAGAAUAAGAAGAAAAAGAUGGGUAUGAAGAAAAAUUUGAUGGGUAUUAUAAUAAUAAUGUUAUGGAGUAUAAGAAUAUUAAAAGGAGUAAAUGGGUUAAGAUUUGUGAUUGAUAGAGAAGAAUGCUUUUCUCAUAAGGUUGAAUAUGAAGGUGAUACUCUUCAUUUUUCCUUUGUUGUUAUCAAAGCUGAUACCCCUUGGCAUCGUGACAAUGAAGGUGGUGUUGAUCUUGUGGUGAAAGGACCUGAUGGUGAACAAAUCCAUGACACUCGUGACAAAACUAGUGAGAAGUUUGAGUUUAUCGCCCACAAGAAGGGGGUCUACAACUUUUGCUUUACCAAUGGGUCCCCGUAUCAUGAAACCAUAGAUUUUGAUGUGCUUGCCGGUCACUAUGGAUAUGUUGACCAUCAUGUAAAAGAUGAGCAUUUGAGUCCAGUGUAUGAACAGAUUAAUAAAUUGGAGGAGGCUCUCUACAACAUACAGUUUGAACAGCACUGGUUGGAGGCUGAGACCGAUCGCCAAGCAAUAAUUAACGAAGGAAUGAGCAAAAGAGCAAUCCAUAAGGCAAUCUUUGAAUCAGCAGCACUUAUUGGGGCGAGUGUUCUCCAAGUCUAUCUGCUCAAACGCCUGUUUGAACGCAAGCUUGGGACAUCCAGAGUUUAGUGUUUUGUUGGUGAAUGAAUACCUGUUGCCCCCAAUUUUAGAGCAGCUUCGUAUAGUUCCCACUUUUGUGUUUUUGCCAUUCCUUACUUUUUCCCUUCUUGCUAUUUAGGUAGUUCAAAGUAGAAGUUUGGGUGGCAAUUUUCUCUUUAUGUUGAAUUUUUUUUUUUUUAUUAUUUUUUUUUAAGGUUUCGGUUUCUUGUAGUCUGUAACAUGUGUUGUACUAGUAUCAAGUAUAUCUUGUAUCUCUAUUUAUAUUUGGUUAGCCGCACUCUCUUGAGAUGCUAGUUGGAUGUGCAAAUGCACUUGAAAAGUCUCACAGAAGUGUUUCAUGAUUUCAUAUACUCAAUUGAUAUUAUGCCAUUUCUAAUUUAUAUUUA